UGCUGCAGUCUAGGCAGGGACGUCAACACUGGCAGAGGAUUGCUCUAAACACAGACUAGCCGUGAAUAUGUUCAGUGUCCUUCUGUGUUUCAUCUUGCUGCACACCACUUUCACUGAAGAUUAUUAUGACUAUGGACCACCUGACUGUUCGACAUCCGAGUCCAUCACAGGAGGCGAUGUUGAAUACUCCGACGGGGGAAAUGAUUUAAGUGUCCUCACGUAUAAGUGCCCGCCUGGCUCUGUGCCCUACCCAGUGAGCUCUAGAACCUGUUCAGAUGGACAAUGGUCCAAAUCAGCCAGUGGGAACUCUGUUGUUGCUGAGUGCAAAAAUCUGAAGCCAGACUAUGAUGUGGAUUAUGAGGAAGAAGAGAUGAACUGUUCCCUCUCGGAGACCCUCAGCAAAGGCCAAGUGUCCUACUCUAAUGGGGGCAUGAAGGGCAGCGUGCUGACAUACACGUGCCCAGACAACUUCACCCCUUACCCAGUCAGCCAGCGCGUGUGUGGGGCAGAUGGCGAGUGGACUUCUAUGAGACAGCCCGGUGGGAGGGCUCUGUCGCGGGCUGUAUGUAAAGAAAUAUUGUGUCCGGCUCAGAUGCAGCUAGAUAAUGGGGAGAUAUGGCCCCGGCCGCAGUGGUCCAAAGUUGGGGAGAAUCAGACAUUCUCCUGUCACAGUGGCUUCACCUUGCAAGGUUCAGAUGAGCGGGUGUGCACCGCAUGGGGCGCGUGGACGGGUGAAACGCCGAUAUGUGAUGAUCAGGGGGACGAUUGCACCAAUCCUGGUGUCCCACCAGGGGGCCGGCGAUCAGGAAACCACUUUCAGAUUGGGGACAAGGUCCAGUACAGAUGUGAACUGAAACUAGACCUGCUGGGCAGCGCUGAAAGAGUGUGUCUAGAGUCCAGGGAGUGGAGUGGUGCACCGGUCCGCUGUCAGGCUUGGUAUGGCUUUGAUUCUCCCAACACAGUGGCCCAAGCUAUGGGAGGAUCCUUGUCAUCUCUCAUGGACUAUUCUUCUCCCGAGUUUAAAAAGAAAGCCCAGUCUUAUGCGAGGACUAUCCAAAUACAAAAGGGACGUCUAAAUGUAUUUAUCCUGAUGGACAGCUCCGGCAGCAUCAGUGAGGAGAACUUUGAAGAGGCAAGGAGUGCAGUUGCCAGCCUCAUCGGCAAGCUGGACAGUUAUGAAGUCACCCUGAAAUUCCACAUCAUCUCCUUCGCCAGCACAGCCAAAGUGAUCGUGGGCAUUACCCAACAUAACAGUGACCAAACGUCUCAAGUUCUGAAGAAACUUGAGAAUUUUAAAUAUGAAAGUCAUGAAGGAAAAACAGGAACCAACCUUCACAGUGCACUGAAGAAUGUUUAUGAACACUUGUCAUUGCUCAAAACCAGGCCUGCAUUUAAUGAAACACCAAAUGUUAUUCUCAUUACAACAGAUGGGCAAUCAAACACAGGAGGCAGUCACAAGGCCAUACAACACCAAAUUCGUGACUUGUUUAAUUAUACUACGCUUGCAGAUCAAACAGAGGAGAACCUCCUUGAUGUGUAUGUGUUUGGUGUCGGACCAAGCGUGAACAAGAAGGAGCUCAAUGAUCUUGCAUCCAAAAAGAGGGACGAAGAACAUGUGUUCAUUCUGAAGGACUAUAAACAGCUCGGAAAGGUCUUCAACAAAAUGAUCAGUGACAAGGCAGUGACCAUGUGCGGUGUGGCGAGAGAGGAGGAAGAGGGUAGAAGAGACUCAGCAGAGACAAGGCCUUGGCAUGUUAUUGUCAACUGGGAAGGAAGUGCCUGCCAGGGCUCUCUGCUGUCUCCAUCAUGGGUCCUCACUGCAGCCCACUGUCUGACUAAACCCACAGUGGAUGGUGGCAAUAAAACUGCUGAUGCUAAGGAUGUAACCGUUACAAAUGGGAUGAAUGAAAUAGUGAAGGCAGCAAUCGUAUCCAUACACCCGCAAUACAACGUUCAAAGGCUUCGGUUGAAGAAUGUGAAAGAGUUUUAUGACUAUGACAUUGCCUUAAUAAAAAUGGAGAGAAAAAUAUCAGCCUCAUACAAGACAAGGCCCAUCUGUUUACCCUGCACUGUACCUUCAAGUCGAGCUCUGAAAAUGCUCAAUUCCACCUGUGCCCAGCAUGAGAGUGCUCUCCUUGGUCAGAGCGAGACACAGGCUCACUUCAUGAGUAAGACGCGUGAUGGGAUAAAACGGAUGCAGACCCACAUCCAGCUGGGGACUGAGAGGAGGCCUAAGUGCGUUGAGAUGGUUAAGGACACUUUCUCAAAGGACACAACAGCUUCUGUGACUGAGGUGGUGACUGACAGGUUCAUGUGUACCGGAGGAUCAAAAGGGCACAAAGAUGCAAUGUCCUGUAAAGGUGAUUCUGGGGGUGCUUUGUUCCUUCGUAAAAGAAUGCGUUAUUUUCAGGUUGGAGUUCUCAGUUGGGGCACUAUGAACGUUUGCGAGUCCGCUAAGUUCUCCAGCGAAAACCCCCCUCCUAACGCCCGGGACUUCUACAUCAGCCUCUUCUCCCUGAUGCCCUGGCUCAAGGAACACCUCAGCCAGGACCUGGCCUUCCUGCCCACUGAGAACUGACCCAGCAGCAGCUGGGCAUAAGGCAAGGGCUGUGCUGAAGCAAAGCAACCACAAAAGGAGUGUAGCAUUAAGGUGCCAUUAUGUAAUGUAAAGUGGGCUAUUUACAACACAGCCUAAUCUGUAAAAAUGUGAAUUUUCUGCACCAAUCUAUGGCAAAGAGUUGCAGUACUGAUAAUGAAUAUUUUGUUAAUGUUUCAUUCACAGAAGAUUAGUAGUCAUUUAAACAUUUUUACCGUUAAAAGCUUUUUUGAAUCUACUGGCAAUAAAUUCAUAAUGCAUUACA